CUUCACCUGAGGUUUUUUACAGUGGGUAAAGCGUUGUCAAAGACUGGGAAAUCAAAUACAACUUGGUGUCAAUGAGAAAAGUCACGCCUGCCUUUUCAUUAGCUCUUUUGGAUAAUAACUGAGCAACUCCAUCUGCUGAGGAAGCAGCGAGAUGUGGUUGAAAUGUUUGGAGACGCAAAAGUACACAAUGAUCUCAUGCCUGGAGGCUGAAGCAUCUCAGAGAAAAUGUCUGGCUGAAGUGCCCUUCACAGGUAUCUACUAGAGCUGAACACAUGAAAGACGAAGAGAGAGAGAGGAAGAAGUCCUCCUCCCAGCUCUGCAGUAUCAUCAACAGAGAGAGACGGGGAACUCAAAUCAAGCCUGCAGUUCAGCUUUAUACUAGGACGUCACUGCAGCUAAAGGCAAGAAAUCUGAAAGUAAGGGAGUAGCUUGGCUCCACAUCAUGCAGAGAAUAUAAUUUUUUCCUGUUCAUCUGGGCGUCCACUGAUGAGGUUAAGCAGGGUGCUGGAGUCACCCUUCCUGAGCUCAUAAUGUGACAGACAGUGCAGACUCUUCUGACAACUGUUUCAGACGCAUGGAGUGGAACGUCGAGCAGAAACACACGGUGAUGGUUUAAAAGACAGGUGAGUGGCUCUGCCUGAUGCUCUAUCAUGACUGAUGGCGAGGGGAGAGCGCGCUUUCAGUACGCAGAGUGCCCGGAGGGGCAGGAACAGGAGGAGGUGCUGGAGGAGGUGAGGCUCGCUAUACCUACGGCCUACCGGAAUGAUGCCCCGGGCCCUGAUGUUGACCCUGGAGGAGGCCGUGAUCAGGAAGAAGAGGAGAAGGAGGUGGAGAGGAGAAGGAAGAGCAGUAGAGGAGGAGGUGAAGCUGAAUGGAGUCCUGAGGUUCAGGAGCAUGUGGAGCAGGAACCGGAGCUGGAAGUGGAAGUUGGACCAACACUGGGAGUUCGCAUCACGGCUCCCAUCCGCGAUCCAGACUGUGUCUCCGAGGAGGAGGAGCAGCAGCCGUACCCAGUCCUGGCCCCCGUGGCCUUCUUCUGCUUAAAGCAAACAACAAGGCCUCGCAACUGGUGUCUUCGCGUCGUCUGUAAUCCGUGGUUCGAGCAUGUGUCCAUGCUGGUGAUCCUGCUCAACUGUGUGACUCUGGGGAUGUUUCAGCCCUGUGAAGACGUCUCCUGCCAGUCAGAGUGGUGUCGCAUCCUACAGGUAUUGGACGACUGUAUCUUUGCUUUCUUCGCGGUGGAAAUGGUCAUCAAGAUGGUGGCCCUGGGAAUAUUUGGCUCCAAUUGUUACCUUGGUGACAAGUGGAACCAGCUUGACUUCGUCAUCGUCAUGGCAGGGGUGAUGGAGUAUUCUCUAGAUGGCCACAACGCCAGUCUGUCAGCCAUCCGUACCGUCCGAGUACUCAGGCCACUGCGGGCCAUCAACAGAGUACCAAGUAUGCGGAUCUUGGUGACACUGCUGUUGGACACCCUGCCCAUGCUGGGGAACGUCCUCCUUCUCUGCUUCUUUGUCUUUUUCAUCUUUGGCAUUGUGGGAGUCCAGCUGUGGGCGGGGCUACUGCGCAACCGCUGCUUCCUGGGAGAAGACAUCAAAACAAUGUACAACUUGUCCAUCAGUCAUUACUACAUGACAGAGGAGGGUGAAGACAGCCCAUUUAUCUGCUCGGCAGGCCGUGAGAACGGGAUGCUUCGCUGCCACGAUGUGCCGCCCUACACCGAGGGUGGGGUCGAGUGCUCAUUGCCCGCUCCCCACCUAAGCUCAGCUCUGACUGGAUCAGCUCCUACGGUGGGAGGGGCCAGUGUUAACAGCUGUGUUAACUGGAACCAGUAUUAUAACAUCUGUCGCCCAGGGCACUUCAACCCUCACAAGGGAGCUGUCAACUUUGACAAUAUUGGCUACGCUUGGAUAGCUAUAUUCCAGGUCAUCACACUGGAAGGAUGGGUAGAUAUCAUGUACUAUGUCAUGGAUGCUCACUCCUUCUACAAUUUUAUAUAUUUUAUACUGCUCAUUAUUGUGGGCUCUUUCUUCAUGAUCAACUUGUGCCUGGUGGUCAUCGCCACCCAGUUCUCUGAGACUAAGCAAAGGGAGAACGCUCUGAUGAGGGAGCAACGUGCUCGCUACAUGUCCAAUGAUUCCACGCUCGCCAGUUACAGUGAACCGGGCUCAUGCUACGAGGAGAUGCUACGCUACAUCAGUCACCUUUAUCGCAAAUUCACACGCAGACUGCAGAGGAUAUACUCCGGAUGGCACAGCAAACGGCGUAAAAAGGUGAAUCCUAAUGGCAGCGGCGGAGGCAGUAACGGUGGGGGUAAUGGACAUGGUCACGGCUCCAGCAGGGGCUGUGGAGGCUCAGGCCCAGGUAGCGCAUUGUGGUUGAGACCAAUCCAUAACCUUUUGCAGCACCAUCAACACCAGCACUGUCGCCUCAGCAACGGGGGGCAGCACACCACGAGCGUGGCGACCACUGAGCACACGGACGGAGAAGGAAGUGUCGGAGGAGUGGUGGAGCUGGAAAUGAAGUCACUCCCUGUGAGGAGAGGGAGUACAAAUGGAAAUAGCAGUGGCGGCAAUCCUUCAGUCGUUAACCAGGGCAUGGGGGCAUUGCUCGGGAGACUGAAUGGGGGGAUGAACUAUCCGACCAUUCUGCCGUCGUUUGUGUGCAGCUACAGCAGUAAGACGCCACCCCCCCACUCCCAACAGUGCGGGCACAGUCCAGAGCAGCAUCCACCAAACCACCCAACAUCCGAACACACAGAGACACUGAACAAGCUCUACCAGCUCAUGGGACAGCACAGUCGCCAGAGGCUGCUGUUCCAGCUGGCAGGCAUGGUGCCCAGCCCUCUGCUCUUGGAACUGCUCAGUUGCCCUCUGUGUGCCCGCAGCCUGGAGACUUUAGAGCUGGAACUGGGAGACCUGGAGGGCGGCAGAGGAGAGGCUGACGGACUGCACGACUUCCCCCAGGCAGGAGAUCUGAGAGGUGGGCGAGGUCGGAGCAGACGGCGGGGGGUCGUGGAGUAUAAGAACGGAGUGGUUCGGGCCUGGAUAGGCUUCAGGGAAAAACUGAAGAGGAUUGUGGAGAGUAAAUACUUCAACCGAGGGAUCAUGAUCGCAAUCCUUGUCAAUACUCUCAGCAUGGGGAUAGAGUACCACGAGCAGCCAGAGGAACUGACUGAUGUGUUGGAAAUCAGUAACAUCGUUUUCACCAGUAUGUUUGUCUUGGAGAUGGGCUUCAUGCUGCUGGCUUUCGGCUUGUUUGGAUACAUCAGGAACCCAUACAACAUCUUUGACAGCAUCAUCGUUAUCAUCAGUGUGUGGGAGAUAAUUGGUCAAGCAGAUGGUGGGUUGUCAGUCCUGCGUACAUUUCGUCUACUCCGGGUUCUGAAGCUGGUUCGCUUCUUACCUGCCCUGAGGAGACAACUUGUAGUGCUGAUGAAAACCAUGGACAACGUUGCUACAUUCUGCAUGCUGCUGAUGCUUUUCAUCUUCACUUUCAGUAUACUGGGUAUGCAUCUGUUUGGUUGUAAAUUCAGUCUACAGACAGAGAAUGGAGACACUAUCCCUGACCGCAAGAACUUUGACUCUCUACUCUGGGCCAUUGUCACUGUAUUCCAGAUCCUUACCCAGGAGGACUGGAAUGUGGUGUUGUAUAACGGCAUGGCCUCCACCUCUCCAUGGGCGGCUCUCUACUUUGUUGCUCUCAUGACAUUUGGCAACUAUGUACUCUUCAAUUUGCUAGUGGCCAUCUUGGUUGAGGGCUUCCAGGCUGAGGGUGAUGCUAAUCGGUCAGAGUCAGAUGAUGAGAAGAAAUCGGACAACUUUGAGGAGGACGAGAAGGUAGAACAGCUCAGAGACACCGAGCUAAAGAUGUACUCUCUAAUGAUGACAGCCAACGGUCAUGUUGACCCUCGUGGCUCGAUGGCUCCUCCCAUAAUCAUGCGCACGGCAGCCACACCUAUGCCCACUCCUAAGAGCUCUCUGGGACCUGAGUCCAUCCUUGGGGAUGAGCUCAUGUACAGAGAGGGGACGCCUCGAUAUGGUGAAGUUGGACUGGGGUUUUCCGAAGCAGGAAUUAGUCAUGCAGAGUCUCGCCGUGGAAGCUCCACCUCUAUGGAUCCCUCAGCCUAUGACCAGCGUUCUCUGAGCCACUCCAGUCCCGGGCGGCGCUCCCCUCUUCCUCCCCGUGGGUCUGGCAGCUCAUGGGGAAGCCGUCGCUCCAGCUGGAACAGCCUAGGAAGAGCGCCGAGCCUCAAAAGGCGAGACACCAGCGGAGAGAGGGAGAGCCUAUUGUCCGGGGAGGGUGGAGAGGAAGAAGAUGGUGGGGAGGACAAGGGGGAGGCUGGGGGAAACAACAGACUACGGCCGGGGUCCUUGGAGCUGCUGCAGGCAUCUACUCUCUGCCCUUCCAUAAUAGCAGAGUAUGGGGACUGCAAUGGCAGGACCCUGACCUACGAUCCCAACCUGAACUCAGACCCUAAGGAAGACUCCUCACCUGAGGAUGACUUGGACGAUGAUAGUUCUAUUUGCUACUGGAUCAAGAAAGAGCUCCGUAACAUGAAGCCCCGCUGGUGCAAAGAGCAUGAAGACUGGACGCUGUACUUGUUCUCUCCAGAGAGCCUAUUCCGUGUGUGGUGCCAAAGUGUGAUCUCCCACAAAAUAUUCGACCACGUGGUUCUGGUUUUCAUCUUCCUUAACUGCAUCACCAUUGCUCUGGAAAGACCUGAUAUACAGCCUCACAGCACGGAGCGAGUGUUCCUGAGUGUGUCCAAUUAUGUUUUCACUGUGAUCUUCCUGGCAGAGAUGACCAUAAAGGUUGUAGCUCUCGGUUUCUGCUUUGGGAAGCAGACCUACCUCCAGUCCAGCUGGAACGUUCUGGAUGGUUUGUUGGUGUUUGUGUCUCUGGUCGACAUUCUGGUCUCUCUGGCCUAUACUGGUGGAAACAGGAUCCUGGGCAUCCUCAGAGUCCUACGACUGCUACGAACUCUACGCCCACUGAGGGUGAUCAGUCGAGCCCCGGGACUAAAGCUAGUUGUGGAGACUCUAAUCACCUCGCUUAGACCCAUCGGAAACAUCGUCUUGAUCUGCUGCGCCUUCUUCAUUGUCUUUGGCAUCUUGGGGGUGCAGCUGUUCAAAGGGAAGUUCUACCACUGUGAAGGUCUGGACACGAAAAAUAUCACCAACAAGUCGGACUGUUUGCAAGCCAACUACCGCUGGAUACGGAGGAAGUACAACUUUGACAACCUGGUUCAGGCUCUGAUGUCUUUGUUUGUGCUGUCCUGUAAGGAUGGCUGGGUAAACAUUAUGUAUGAUGGCCUGGAUGCAGUGGGAGUGGACCAACAGCCUGUGAGGAACCACAACCCCUGGAUGCUGCUCUACUUCAUCUCCUUCCUGCUCAUCGUCAGCUUCUUCGUCCUCAACAUGUUUGUCGGCGUGGUGGUGGAGAACUUCCACAAGUGCCGGCAGGACCAGGAGGAGGAGGAGGCCCGCUUACGGGAAGAGAAGAGGCUCAAAAUGAUAGAGAAAAAGCGCAGGAAGGCCAAACAGAGGCCCUACUAUGCGGACUACUCUCCCCUGCGUCUGACCAUCCACACACUGUGUACCAGCCAUUACCUGGACCUCUUCAUCACCUUCAUCAUCUGCAUCAAUGUUUUCACCAUGAGCAUUGAGCACUACAAUCAGCCGCAGUAUCUAGAGGAGGUUCUGAAGUACUGUAACUACGUGUUUACCUGCAUCUUCGUCAUCGAGGCCCUGCUCAAACUUGUGGCAUUCGGUAUACACAGGUUCUUCAAAGACAGGUGGAACCAGCUGGAUGUAGCUAUAGUGGCACUGUCCAUCAUGGGCAUCACCCUGGAGGAGUUGAAAAUGAACGCAGCGCUGCCCAUCAAUCCUACCAUCAUCAGAAUCAUGAGAGUACUAAGGAUAGCACGAGUACUCAAACUCCUAAAGAUGGCCACAGGGAUGAGGUCUCUGUUGGAUACUGUCAUGCAAGCACUGCCACAGGUGGGAAAUCUUGGUCUCCUCUUCAUGCUGCUCUUCUUCAUCUACGCUGCACUGGGAGUGGAGCUUUUUGGCAAACUGGAGUGUAACGAUGACAACCCGUGUGAGGGUCUGAGUCGUCAUGCAACCUUUGAGAAUUUUGGGAUGGCCUUCCUCACGCUGUUUCGAGUGUCCACUGGAGACAACUGGAAUGGGAUUAUGAAAGACACGUUACGGGAGUGUCGUCCAGAAGAUCGCCACUGUCUCACCUACCUGCCAUUGGUCUCUCCAAUUUACUUUGUCACCUUUGUGCUCAUGGCACAGUUUGUGCUGGUCAAUGUGGUGGUGGCUGUACUGAUGAAACACCUGGAGGAAAGCAACAAGGAGGCCAAAGAGGAUGCAGAAAUGGAUGCAGAGAUCGCCAUGGAAAUGGCUCUUGAGAGGCAACGCAGAUUAAGCACAAACUCCAACAACAGCUCAGUGGGAGGGACCUAUGUUGGGCCUUGCCCACAUUCACCUGGACAGGAGGAAGAGGUGCAGUAUGGCGACCAGGACCUGCUGUCAUCAAGGAAGAUGUCUGUAUCCAGGAUGCACUCUCUGCCCAACGACAGCUACAUGUUCCGACCUGUACGGCCCGCCAGCGCCCCCUACCCUUUGGAGGAGGUGGAUAUUAGCCCCCAGGACCAGCAUUCAGGCUCAGUGACAUCAGUCCACUCCCAGCCAUGUGAGAGUCGCGCUCUACUGAAGGUACCAGACGCCUCCCCCGUUCGCCCUCGGCCACCUCCCUCCCUCACCCUGUCCUGCAUCGCCCCGCCCACGCCUGGCCACUCCCCGCGGGCCCUCCGCAGACAGGUGGCAGUUAAAGUAGAUUCUGUGGAGUCACAGGGUUGUGAGCAACAAGAAAGGCCCACCCCUGUCCAUCUGCCUCCCUGCUCCCCUUCUCCACUUUCUCCUCUCUCCGCCUCCCCAUCUCCCCUGCCUCCUCCUCCUCCCUCCUCGCCCUCAGCCCUCUCUCUCCCCCCCUGUUCCCCUCCUGCCUUCCCACUCCCUCCCCCCUCCCCCUCUCUCCUCCCUCCUCUACUCUCUUCACCGUCUCCCCUCCCUCCUCCGCCAUCUUCCCCCACGCUUCUUCUCCCUCCACCUCCCUCUCCGCGUCUUCCCUUGCGCCCCGCCAGCCUUCGGAGACCUAGACCCCCCUCCGCUGCCUCCUUCUGUGACCCGGCGGACGAGGAAGUGUAUCACAUCACCAGCUCGGCCCAGCACAGGUGGAGAGAUGAGGAGGAAGGUGGGCAGGAGAGCAGAGGGAAGACCUGUCGGAGCCACUCCCUCUCCCCUUACACCUCCCCGUACUCUCUCGACUACUCCACCUCCUCCCCUCCUCCUCCCCCGCUGCCACCUUCCUCCUCAAGGAGCGCGCUCAGUCUGCUUGGGGCAGGGUUGAAGGACCGUGAUUUUCGGAAGGGCUUUAGCGUCGAUACCCAGGGCUUCCUGGACAAGCCGUCAUCAUUGUCUGCUGGUUACCCUGAUGACCAGCGGCGCCACUCCAUCGAGGUCUGCCUCCCACAGGCUGUCAUCACCGGUGACAACCAACACUUUAUAGAGGGGAUCCAGCGGUCAGAAAAGAGUGCUCAGGCUUUUCCUGUGAGGGUGCAGUCAGUCGGGGGCGGUCACAGAAAGAAGAAGAUGAGCCCUCCCUGUAUUUCCAUUCACCCGCCCUCAGAGAGGGAACACCGACAAAUGGCCUCACCCCCAAAACUGGCUGACUGCAGCAUGAUGCUGAGACGCAGGACACCGUCCUAUGACUUGACCCCGCACACACAGUCAAACACGCACACUCAAGACGUCUCGGCAGACACACAGAUGCGUGCACAGAUGCACUCCCCGAUGCACAGAGCGCUCACACCUAUCCAUGUACCACUGCAAGCACACUCACCAACUCACACACUGACACCCUCGCGGGCAUCUACACCAACGCACACUCAGACACACACUCCACCUCACGCAUCCACACCUACACACCCGCACAUUCCGAUCAGCCCGAACAUCUUUAUCCAGCCUCAUGCACCUCUUGUCCCGACCACUAUGCCUUUCUCACAGACACAGUCCCUCUCCCCCGCUGCAAGGCACUCCUCUCUCACGGGGGACUACAUCCCCCUCCCCCAAUUCACCUUUGACCAACCACAGUCCAGAUAUCUGUCGGACACUGAUACAGCCACUUGCUCUUCCCCUUUUGACAACAGACUGGGAAGCGGUACUGGAUUCAGCGCAAAGAAUCGGAGGACCGCCCAAUGAACAUCAAGCAUCGCCUUCAGGAAGUGAAUUAAGUGGUCCAAAAUCUCUGAAGCUGGAGUACAGACUGACCUCAGCGGAGAUUGGUGCUGGGGAGAGAAUGAGAGAAAGAAGAGUUUACUGAGAGAGGGAUUGUUUUGUUCUGGUUUUAAUGAAUAUUGAAAAGACAUUGGUUACUCUCUCCAGAGAGACACUGGUACAGUCCUGUCCUAGAAUAACAGACACUGGAUCCAUUUUCCUAAAUCCAGCGACCCCAGAUCCACUGAGGCUGUACCAGUCAAACAGUACCCACUGUACAUGGUGUGUUUGAGACUAAUACUGAUAACACACCAGGACUAAAGCCACCUAACUCCGUAGCCAAAGUUUUUUUGACACACUGUCCCCACCCAUGCGAGCCAAUCAGGAAGCAGCGUCUGGCUGAUAACCUCUUAACCUUAACAGGAAGUGGUUUGUGAAAUGCGAGCGUGGGGGGGAAUCGUGGGAUAUGCAACUUCAGGUUUUCUACAGAAGUUCUGCUUGCCCCUCCUCUGCUCCUCGAUCACAUUGAUCAGAGCAGAACUGUGUGUGUGUGAGUGAGUGAGCGUGUGUGCGUUUUCCUAUGUGUGAGUAUUGUCAAAUCUGUUGUCAUGGAAGUCGGCCAUGUUAUUCUUACGCCUGCAACGACAGAGAGGGGGAGCAGGGCAGAGCUGUAGUGUAUGUUUAUCUGUGUAUCUGUGCAGUGUAAAUAAAGGAAAAUACUGUA